AUGAGCGAGCCGGAUACUGACAGUAGCCCGCCUCCGUACUCUCCCACGCCUCCUAGUUCAGUUACCCUCGCCCAACUACAACGCACAACCUCGACUCCGCAAAUCCACCAGCAUCCGAGUCGUCAAGUCCAGUAUCGCUCACACCCGUCCUCUUCUGUUGCUCUCACUCCUCAACCCCUAUCGUCCACCCUUUCCUCGCGUCCGCAAACCAACGUGUCUGGCGAUGAAGCUGACGAGACAUCAGCUUCAGAGGACGGCAUGAUAUAUGCCAUCCCAUCCAGCCUCGCAGCAAGCUUACGCUCGCGUUUGCUGGGGCGUCAAGACCCGGGACAGGACAGCGAGCAGCUCAGACCUAUCACUACGGCUUCUGAAGUUGCUGGAACGACGGAGACGGAGACGGAGAGCGAUUCUGUGACCGCGCAACCUCCCAACCGCCCGAAUCACACGUCCGGCCCUCCCAGCCUCCGCGCCUUUUGCGUGUCCCCCUGGGUCUUCGCGUCUCUGUUCGUCUUUUCUCGCCUGCUAUCUAUAGUUCCCGCUGUUUUCGGGACCAUAUGGAACAUUUACCACAUUAGAUGGCCUCCUCCGAGCGAUCUGGGUCCCAGCGCUCUUAGCUGGCGUGUCGAUUACUUCAUAAGCGUGUUAUGGGCUAUCCUCACCGGUUGGCAAUGUCUACAACUAACGACGGGAGUGCUCAAGCGGUGGAGGGUCUACUACUCUCCCUUCGCAACCCUCAUUCGCCUCUUCGCCCUGCAAGCGAUCUGCUGGCCUGCCACUCACCUCACCCUAAAACUGCUCAACCACGGACAGCGCCCGGCCCUCUGCUGGGCAGUCAUCGGCACGACAACGUGCUAUAGCCGGAGCAUUCAGCUAUGGGUGACGUCGAACAUAGGCCCUGCUCCUGCCCCUCCUCCACGCCCCUCCCAGCCACCUUCGCCGUCGCCGCUCCGACGAUCUCUUGUCGCCAGCGCGAGCGGCAUGCGAGAAGAGUGGAUCAAGUUGCGUCGGCGGCGCUGGGACUGGAACGAGGUCAUCAGAAAAUGCGUGCUGCCGGCCGGUGUUAUUUAUUUCGUGAUGGCCUGGGCUGACAUGCUGAGGAGGGAGUGGGAACUCUCGGUGUGCGCUCUCGAUGGUUAA